UUCACGGGACCGCACGGAAGUAAACAAAAUAAGAAAUUAAAGUCACUAAUAUAUAAAUUAUAUAUAUUUGUCGUUUGCUAUUGCAUUUAAUAAAUACAAAUUUUAAUUUCCCUGCCAAUAUAAUGUCUUAGUUUUAAGAAAUAUAAUGCAAUGACUGUCACUAAAACCACUGCCUGUCUUAUCUUAUUUUUGUACUGGGAAACAUGGGCUCAGUUCCCAUUCCAAAAUCCAAGUUUGCCUUGGGAUAAUCGUGUAGAUGACCUGGUUUCUCGGCUAACGAUUGAGGAAAUAAUGUGGCAGAUGGCCAGUGGAGGGGCAGAGAUGAAGGGGGGUCAUGCCCCUCCAAUCCCCCGUCUUGGGGUGGGGCCAUACCAGUGGGAUGAGGAAUGUCUACAUGGAGAUGCUCGGUCUGGACAAGCUACUGCCUUCCCUCAGGCAAUAGGCCUUUCUGCAGCAUUUAGUCCACAACUGAUAUUUGAUGUUGCAAAGGCCACAGGAGUUGAGGUACGUGCAAAGCACAAUGACUAUGUGAAGCACAAGCAGUAUGGGGACCAUAAAGGCCUAAGCUGCUUCAGUCCAGUCAUCAAUAUCAUGAGACAUCCACUGUGGGGCCGCAACCAGGAGACGUACGGUGAAGACCCGUACCUGAGUGGCGAGUAUGCAGCCAACUUCGUUAAGGGUCUACAGGGUGACCACUUCAGAUAUGUUCAGGCAAAUGCCGGCUGCAAGCACUUUGACGUCCAUGGAGGGCCAGAAAACAUCCCUCAAUCAAGAUUCUCAUUUGAUGCAAAGGUGACAGAUCGUGACUGGCGCUUAACCUUCCUGCCCGCCUUUCGCCAGUGCGUCCACGCAGGCUCCUACAGCCUCAUGUGCAGCUUCAACAAAAUCAAUGGUGUGCCAGCCUGUGCCAACCGAAAGGUGUUAACAGAAAUAGCACGUGACCAGUGGGGUUUCCAUGGUUACGUGAUAAGCGACGAGGAAGCGGUUGAGAACAUCGUGCUAUUUCAUCACUAUGCCAACACGAGUAUGCAGGCGACCAUUGACGCCAUCACUGCUGGGCUAAAUAUAGAACUGACAACGAGCAGAAAAGACCCAUACUUCUUUACAAUGAUUGAUGCCAUCAAGCAGGGGAAGCUGUCGGAAACGCUGGUCCGUGAGCGCGUCAAACCCCUCUUCUACACGCGCAUGCGCCUUGGCGAGUUUGAUCCCCCGGAAAUGAAUCCGUACCUACGUUAUAAUCUCUCCCUCGUCCAGAGCGAUGAGCAUCGGGCCCUCGCCGUCAAGGCGGCCAUGCAGACGAUUGUGCUACUCAAGAAUUCGAACGGACUGCUUCCAAUCAAGAAACAUUUCAACACAAUAGCGGUGAUAGGUCCGAUGGCGGACAACCUGGUACAGCAGUACGGCUCCUAUGCUGCGGAUGUAUCCGCCAAAUACGCGCGGUCACCGUUGGCGGGACUGCGGCCCUUGGCAGACACCGUCAACUUCGCUGCUGGUUGUAACGACAACAAAUGCGCCAACUACUCGGCGCCGGAUGUGCAGAAGGCGGUGAAAGGCGCGCAGCUAGUUGUCAUUUGCUUGGGUACAGGCUGGUUGGUUGAGGGGGAGGGAAAUGACCGCGCGGACAUGAACCUGCCCGGGAACCAGUCCCAGCUGCUCACGGACGCAAUCAAAUACGGCGGCGGCUCCCCCAUUCUACUGCUAGUGUUCAGUGGCGGCCCGUUGAACAUCAGCGCAGCUGACCGUGACCCGCGUGUCUCUGCUAUCAUGCAAUGUUUCUUCCCUGCACAGGCGACCGGGGACGCCAUCUUUAAUGUGAUCACCAUGGCGACAAACGACGCCAGCCCGGCCGCGCGCCUCCCGUACACGUGGUACGACACAGCGGACCAGAUUCCGUCCAUGACGAAAUACACGAUGACGGGGCGAACAUACCGCUACUUCCAGGGCGCGCCGCUCUACCCCUUCGGCUACGGUUUAUCGUACACAAAGUUCCGUUACUUUGGUGUAGAACUGAUCCCUGUCAUUCUAGCCGGUGAUGACCAGUAUGUGUAUGGGCAGGUCAUGAACACGGGGGCGGUAGAUUCGGACGAGGUCGUGCAGCUGUACAUAUCUUGGCGGUCCACGAACCAGACGAUGCCGCGCCUCCAGCUGGCGGGAUUCUCGCGCAUCCAUAUCCGGACUGGCGAGAGCCAAGAGUUUAAAUUUACCGUCAACGCCCGGCAGCUCGCAGUGUGGACGGACGACAAGGGCUUCGUCGUGGAACCUGGAGUUAUUGACGUGUAUGUGGGAGGCCAGCAGCCCAACCAGCGGCGGACCGUCCCCUCCAACGUGUUAAAUACGCACUUCCAGAUUGAUGGACAGGCUGUCCUUGGGCCCAGCUAACGUUCCGGGAGCUACAAGGGACACGGGCGGGGACGUGGAAAGAAAUAUAAUCAGAGAUAGAGAUGAAACAAUAGUUCCUGGGGUUAUCAUGGCUUGACAUGUGAUCUGCCAUAUAAAAUGAUUAUAUAAAUAUAAUAUGAAUAGACAUAACCUUCACAAACAUGAUUAUAAGUGUGUAUAUAUAUAUAUACGGCAUAUAUUAUAUUGAGCCUGCAUCUUGACUUGGAAAUAGCGGCCUGUCUGCAGGGAAUGUGAUAUUUAUAAAGCUGUUGAAUUUUUACACCAUUAUUGAUUGAUCUUUGAUUAAUUGAUCUUUGAUGUGGGAAAUGAAAUGUUUGAAUCACGAAGGAAUGCAAAUUUAUAAAUAUCACAUUUUUAUAUCUGCUCCGCUGUCAUGCAAGGUAAGUGUGUUCAUAUAGGAUACAUAUAGUUCUGAGGUGAACAUAUCAUUGUACUUCUGAUCAUAACUAGAAAUUUAUACAUUCAUUAAAGGUGCUAGUUCGCGCGAUUUCUGAACAAAUAUGUGGAAGUUGCCUAAUCUAUCUUUACUUGAAGAUCUAUACUUGUGUUUAUAUAUACGCCAACGGGAUGCCAGCGUUUAUCAAAUAUGCCAUACCUUUAGUUUGGUACACCAGCAGUGAACCGUUGGUGGGUUUGUAUUCAGGUGAAUCGGUGAACACAGGCUGGGUCAGACUGGAUCGGUGGACAUUUUGGUAAAUGCAUAUUAUUAACCUAUAUCCAUUACUUAGUACCAGUUGAAUAUUUUUGCGAGCAAACUCAAUCGGAAGCUUUUAAACUGUCGAUUGUUGAAACUUUUCCUUUGUUCGGCAUAUGGCCUUUGUGAAGAACGCCGACGAUAUGGACUUUCAUUUCAACAACCGACAUCAUUUAAUGUAAUAUCUAACUAUUUAUCCCCACACCAGUAGAACAUUCCUGCACAGCCAUAAAGCUCUAUUUACAUCGUAUUUGUAAAAUAACAUGUCCUUGCAUAUUAUCAAUAAAACUGUAAAAUCGUA